AUGGCGUUCUUCGACUCAGAAAAGAAAGAAAACGAUUUCGGAAAGGUCUACAGUGUCUCGGGUCCCGUCGUCAUUGCAGAGAAUAUGUUAGGAGCAGCUAUGCAUGAGUUGGUCCGUGUCGGAAGUAAUGGGCUGAUGGGCGAGAUCAUUCGUCUCGAAGGAACAACAGCUACCAUUCAAGUCUACGAAGAGACUGCUGGUCUUCAGCUUGGCGACAUGGUCGAACGUACUAUGAAACCACUUUCCGUUGAAUUGGGGCCUGGUAUUAUGGCUUCCAUUUUCGAUGGUAUUCAACGACCACUUGUCACUAUUUCACAUAAAAGCGGGUCCAUUUUCAUCCCAAGAGGUAUUUCAGUACAAUCCCUCGACCACACAAAGCCUUAUGAAUUCACACCAUUAUUGAAAAUCGGGGACCAGGUCUCUGGCGGUGAUAUCAUCGGUACCGUCCCAGAAAGUGCAUUGGUCGUUCACAAAGUACUUGUCCCACCAAAUGUGAUGGGUACAGUCAAGUGGAUAGCAGACGCUGGAAAUUACACUUUGGACGAUAAGGUCAUUGGCAUUGAGUUCAACGGAAAAACACAGGAAUUAACAAUGGCCCAUCAUUGGCCCGUCAGAAAGCCAAGACCCACUGCUGAUAAAAUUACAAGCACAACCCCAUUGGUCACCGGGCAAAGAGUCCUUGAUGCGUUAUUCCCAUGUGUCCAGGGUGGAACUUGUGCUAUCCCAGGCGCCUUUGGAUGCGGGAAGACAGUCAUUUCUCAAGCAUUGAGUAAAUAUUCGAACUCGGAUGUCAUUGUCUACGUCGGAUGUGGUGAGCGUGGUAAUGAAAUGGCGGAAGUCUUGAGAGAUUUCCCAUCACUGUCAAUCAAACUAAUACCUCAAACAUGCCAGUCGCUGCGAGAGAAGCA